AAUCUAAAGAUAGAAAAACUUGGAAGCUUACGAGAAUCCAUAAUUCUCGUUAUUGAAGUAAUGUCUACGGAUGUGGUUACCAUGUCUAAAAUUGGCUGAACAUCCGUAAGUAAUAAAAGGGUGAUUCUUGGUUCCACAAGAAAUAUGUAAGAAUACGUUUUUAAGCACUAUCUAAGAGUAAACAAAAUCAAACCCCAAGUUUCAUUAAGAAUAAUGGGAGAAACAGAAGAGAAAGAAGUGAAGAAGAAUCAUGGUGAUAAAGAAGACGAACACAACAAGGCUGAGAAGGCAGAUAAGGCAGAUAAGAAGGAGAAGAAGAAGGAUAAAGAUAAGAAGGAUAAGAACGAGGACGAUAAAAAAGGUGGAGGAGAAGAAGGUGAAGAUCAAGAGAAGAAGAGCAAGAAGAAAGAUAAGAAGACGAAGAAAGAGAAGAACCCUGAAGAUAAGAAAGACCCAGAGAAGUUGAAGAUGAAACUUCAGAAGAUUGAAGAAAAGAUUCAAGCUAUGGUUUUAAAAAAAGAUGAGAUCGUGAAGCUUAUUCAUGAUGCUGAACAAGCUAAAGCUAGUGCAGUGGCAACAGAUGCACCACCACCAACUAAUUAACUCAAUUUCCAAACACAAAUUGAUAUAUACUACGAUAUAUGAUUUUAUAUUUUGGUUUUCUUGGGGAUCUCAAUAAGAAAUGCUGAUGAAUGUUGUUUUCAUCGUUAUUUUGGUAGGAUUUUCUCAUUUCUGUUUUUCGUUUGUUUAAUUUAUAUGUUUGUAUAUAUUGUACAAAAAACCAUCUGCUUUUUAGUA